UGUAGUGGAGCACCAGGUGGGUCAGGAUGGAGCCACACAGGAUGAGAGUGUGAAGAAGAAGAUCGUGACGAUGGCCAGAGACUCCUGGGAAAUAUAUUUCUCCCGACUCUUCCCUGCCUCGGGCAGUGUGGGUACUGGGGUGCAGGUGGUCUCUGUGUCUCAUCGAGGCAUCAAGCUGCUGAAGAUGGUGAGAAGCAGCGCUGUUGUCCCAGACUACUUCAGAGUGCUACACCCUUACAGUUACGCGGACAUCCUGUUUGUGUCCAUUCCAUCAAAGAACAUGUUGGAGUUUAACCUGACCAACGAGAAGCUGAUUCUGUUCUCCGCCAAGGCUCCACAGGUUAAACACAUGGUGGACUACUUCAUCACAGAACUGAAGAAGGACUCUGAGUAUGUGGUCGCAGUGAGGAACUACAUCACAGAGGACAGAACUCUGCUCAACUUCCACAAGGGAGACAUCAUCAGAUUACACAGCGUGGAGGGGCUGGAGGAGGGCUGGCGGUACGGGGCGGUGUACGGACGGUGGGGUGUGUUUCCAGGUGAGUGUGUUCAGCCGGUGGCCGCUCCAGACUUCCUGAUUCUUCCUGCUGAGAGGGCGGAGCCUCGUGACAGACACGGCCGUGUUGCUGCCUCCGCUGCAAUCGCCGUGGCGAUGGGCUCUACUGUCGCCGCCCAUGAACUGGACCUCAACACAGAGGCUGUGGUAGGGUAUGGUGAGGACAGCAGCAGUCUCCAUCUAGAGGGACUUCCUCUACAGGCCAGUCAGUACACCAUGGAGGAGUUCUCCAGGAAGUACUACAGACGGGCUCAGAGACACAGGGACCAGCUGAAGACCAGGAAGGGGAAGGAGACCAGAGAACCAGCUGACAUGGUUACAUACUCUAAGUCCCCUCUCCAGGAGUCUCUGAUAGACUUCACAGACAGCAACAUGAACAAGGUGGCAGCUGACAUCUCCCUGGCUGUGAUGAAGUUCAUGGGAGACUACCCUCUGAAGGGACAGACAGAACAGGACCUGGUCUCAACGAUCCUAAAGCUCAGUGGGGAGUAUGGUCUGAUGAAAGAUGAAGCCUACUGCCAGGUGAUGAAACAGGUCACAGGAAACACCAGCUCCAAAACGGACAGUUGUCAGAGAGGCUGGAGGCUACUCUACAUCCUGACUGCGUUCCAUCGCUGUUCUGAGGUCCUGAAGCCCUUCCUUUUAACGUUCCUGCUGGACGCCUGCUCUGGUCCUGGAGUCCACUACCAAGGUAUAGCCAAGGCGUGUGAGCAGAACCUGAGGAGGACCUUCCAGUACGGAGGAAGAAUCGAACACCCCAACAGCAUGGAGCUGAAGGCCAUGCUGGCUGGGCGGAGCUCCAAGAGACAGUUGUUCCUCCUACCAGGCGGCAUCGAGAGACACCUCAAAAUCAAGACCUGCUCGGUGUCUCUGGAUGCUAUAGAGGAGCUAUGUAAUGACAUGGGACUGCACAGACUGGAGGCCAUGGAUGAGUACGCUGUAUUUGUGGUCACACACCGAGGUCAGAAUGUCCGUCCCCUCAAUAAGAGGGAGUACAUCCUGGACAUUACUACGGAGGCGGAGACAGUGGACAGUAACUACAGCCUGUGGUUCAGGAGGGUCAUCUGGACACAGCCGCUUAAAUUUGACAACGAGCUUUGUGUCACCAUGCAUUAUAACCAGGUGUUACCAGACUAUCUGAAGGCCUUGCUGAGUGUGGUUCCUCAGAGUAAAGCCAGUGAGCAGCAGCUGCAGCAGUUGGCCAAGCUGGCGGCAUUACAACACCGUGCUAAAGAUACUGUCUUCCUGCCCACCAUUGGUGAGGUCCAGGAGUAUGUCCCCUCCCAGCUCUACAUCAGACAGCCUCCUCAGCCCUGGCUCAACAUGGUCACUCAGCAUAUGCAGCAUGUCUCUCCUCUGAGUCCUCACCAGGCCAGGGCUCAGUUCCUCGGUCUGGUCAGUGCGUUCCCCAUGUUUGGUUCCUCCUUCUUCUACAUCCAGUCCAGCAGCAACAUCUCCAUCCUGGCUCCCUGUGUGUUGGCUGUCAACCAGAACGGACUGCACUUCCUACACAAGGACUCACAUGAGGCCACGGCGCGUUACCCUCUGAAUGAGAUCCAGUCCACCAGAACCCAGAGACCAACAGGAGGCUCCAGCUCCUCCUAUCCCUACGUAGACAUUCUGCUGGGAGACCUGCUGACACAGCGAAUCACGCAGCUGCAGCUGGAACAGGGUCUGGAGCUGUGUCGGGUCAUUGCCAUGCACAUGGAAAACAUGCUGUCUGUCCGGGAGAAGAGACUCACCCUGCCACCGAGUGAGAUCACUCUGUUAUAACACUGUCUGUCAGUCAGUCAGUCUGUCUGUCUGUCUGUCUGUCAACCAGCUACUCAGUCAGUCAGUCAGUUAGUCUUUCAGUCAACCAGCUACUCAGUCAGUCAGUCAGUCAGUCAACCAGCUACUCAGUCAGUCAGUCAGUCUGUCAGUCCGGGAGAAGAGACGUUAGAAGGUGGUAGAUGGUGGUAGUUAGUGGUAGAUGGUGGUAGUUGGUGGUAGAUGGUGAUAGAUGGGGUAGUUAGUAGUAGAUGGUGUUAAAGGUGGUAGAUGG